UUCACAUUUAUGAUUUCAUAUUAGGAUAAAUAAUUAAGUAGUCUUUUUUAGACGAAUAGCGUGAAAUCAAUUAUUCCUCUCCCUAAUAGUUAACGAAUAUAAUUUUGAUCGUGGGAAUCUCUUUCCAGGGAUUGUUAUUAUUCCACGAUGCGAUCGUUGAUGCGGUUCCGACAACUUGUGCGGCUGAGCGCGCUCCAGCCAAACGGGAAAGCACAUUCAGUAAUAGCGCCUAGUGGGACUACGCUUUCUCGGAUUCCUGUCCCUGUUCUUCAUCCACUCAGUUCCAAGUCUUUUCAUACAGCCCAGUAUAAUUUUGCCAAAGCGGAUGAGAAAAAGGCCGAAAGUCCUGCUUCAUCAAUUUUUAACAUUCAGGACGAAGAAGACUUUAAUAAAAGAGUCCUGCAAAGUGAAACUCCUGUAAUUGUGGAUUUUCAUGCCACAUGGUGUAGACCGUGCAAACUACUGGGCCCUCGUUUGGAAGCUCACGUUGCAGAAGGAAAAGGAAAAGUGAACAUGGCCAAAGUCGAUAUUGACGCAUUAGACGACAUUGCCUGCAAAUACAAUGUUAGAAGCGUACCGACCGUCAUUGCUAUGAAAAACGGAAAAAUUGUGGAACAGUUUAUCGGUCUUGUGGACGAUGACAGAAUUAAAAGCGUGAUUGAAAAACUGUUACACUGAUAUCAUGAUUGUACUAGCAUUACAAGUAGAAGUACAUACCUUUAGAAUAUUGUGCAUAGAAUGGACUGUGUGAAAAAGAUGUUAACGCGGUUAAUUUGCUUUUCCUUGUAAGUUGUGUAGCGAUGGAAUUUUAUUUGUUAUUAUGCUAGCAUCCCUGUGGAACAUGGCCCAGGAAUAUGUGGUGUGUGGAAAUUUUCAUGUCGAGUACAUAACACGAAAUAUCAUUUGCUGGCUUUGUGC